GCAAAACAAACCUUGCUACAAAAAUUUAAAAGAUAAAUAUAUAUAAAUUAAAUUGAGUAAAUAUAGUCAUAAUGUUAAUGCAUUGAUUUACAAGGUGGAGAGGUGGUCAAAGGGAAAACAAACCCGGAAGAGGAGCUCAGCCUCUCUCUCAUCCUUUCAUUCUCUUCACAAAUACAGAUAGAGACUAAAACUAACAUGAAUUCCCUCUCUUUUGUGUGUGAUGAAAAAAAAAAACAGAAUGAUAAUAACAAGAAACAAUGAUGGGGAAGAGAGAAGGGGAUGAAGAAGUUUGGAAAGAAAAACAAAAGCAGAGGAGGUGAAGAGUGAGGAUAAUGGUGAUGGAUGAGUCUGGAUUUCAACUAGUAGCUGUGGCAGUGGACAAGGAUAAAAGCAGUCAGAAUGCACUCAAAUGGGCUGUGGAAAACAUUGUUCAGAGAGGCCAAACCAUUUCCCUUAUCCAUGUCAAAACCAAGAACUCAAGUAUCCAGGAGGAAAUUGCACUUGGAUAUAAGACUCCAACUGAUCAGCAAACCAAAGAAAUGUUCCUGCCAUUCAGAUGUUAUUGCACACGCAAGGAUGUGCACUGCAGGGAUGUGGUUCUUGAGGAUAGCGAUAUCACAAAGGCAAUUGUCGAAUUUGCUGCUCAUGCUGCUAUAGAAAAACUAGUAGUUGGUGCGGCAUCAAAGGGCGGGUUUGUCAGAUUGAAGAGUUCAGAUAAGCCUACCACAAUAUGCAAAGCAGCGCCGGAUUUCUGCACUGUAUAUGUCAUAUCCAAAGGAAAGGUGUCGUCAGUGCGGAACGCAAUCAGAACAGCCCCAGCUAUUUCCCCUCUCCGAGCUCAACUUCAAGGCCAAACAAAAGCUAAACAUGAGCCAACAGACAUGCUGCAUGCAAAAGUUGAGGCAGCCCCCAAACUCCAUAGCCUGCAUGACGAAUCAAUCAGGUCACCAUUUACCAGGGGAAAUAUGAAGCCAGGCACAAAAUCAUUUGUGGAGCUCUCAGCUUUAACAGAGAGUGAUAUAUCAUUUGUCAGCACAGGUAGAUCAAGUGUGGAUCGCACAUUUACUCCAAGGCAGUCUACUGGAUCGGACCGCAGCAGUAUGGACAUGAUGCGAACACCCCAUAAGUGGAUGGAUUCUUUUUCAAGUGGCAGUGAGUUUUCAUCCACCACUCAAGAGAUGAGUGGAGCUUCAUGGGCAUCACAGAACAUGGAAGAAGUUGAGGCAGAGAUGAAACGGCUGAAACUAGAACUCAAGCAAACCAUGGACAUGUAUAGCACAGCCUGCAAAGAGGCACUUACAGCAAAGCAGAAGGCAAUGGAGCUCCAUCGAUGGAAAAUGGAAGAAGAGCAGAGAUUGGAAGAAGCUCGGCAUGCAGAGGAAAACGCACUGGCUCUAGUGAAGCAAGAGAGAUUAAAAUGUAAAGCAGCACUGGAGGCAGCCGAAGCUUCCCAGAGAAUUGCAGAGUUGGAAGCUCAGAAAAGGAUUAAUGCAGAAAUGAUGGCACUCAAAGAAGCAGAAGACGGCAAGAAAACAUUUGACACAUCUGGGCAUAAUAACAUCAGGUAUAGGAGAUACACAAUUGAGGAAAUUGAGGCAGCCACUGACAACUUUGCAGAAAGCCGUAAAAUCGGAGAAGGUGGCUACGGUCCCGUGUUCAAAUGCUACCUGGAUCACACACAAGUCGCCAUCAAAGUUCUUCGACCAGAUGCUGCUCAAGGGAGAUCACAGUUUCAGCAGGAGGUUGAAAUACUGAGCUGCAUACGGCAUCCUAACAUGGUUCUGCUCCUGGGUGCCUGCCCUGAGUAUGGCUGUCUAGUGUAUGAAUACAUGGCCAAUGGGAGUUUGGAGGAUUGUCUGUUCAGACAUGGCAAUGCACCACCUAUUCCUUGGCAACACAGGUUCCGAAUUGCUGCUGAGAUAGGCACAGGGCUCUUGUUCCUCCACCAGACAAAACCAGAGCCACUGGUCCACAGAGAUCUCAAACCUGCAAACAUCCUUCUUGACCGAAAUUACGUCAGUAAAAUCAGUGAUGUUGGCCUUGCUCGCCUAGUUCCUCCCUCUGUUGCCAACAAUGUCACCCAGUAUCUCAUGACCUCCACAGCUGGAACUUUCUGUUACAUUGAUCCAGAGUACCAGCAGACAGGUAUGCUUGGGAUUAAGUCCGAUGUCUACUCUCUUGGAAUCAUGCUGCUCCAGAUAAUCACAGCAAAGCCUCCAAUGGGGCUGACGCAUCAUGUGGAACGUGCUAUAGAAAAGGGCACAUUCAAGGACUUUUUGGACCCAGCAAUCCCUGACUGGCCCGUUGAGGAGGCUUUGAGCUUGGCAAACAUGGCGCUUAAGUGUGCAGAACUGAGACGCAAGGAUAGGCCAGAUCUUUGCACCAUUGUCCUCCCUGAGCUUGAGCGGCUAAGAGAAUUUGCGGAUGAAAAUUUGAACCACAACUUCAUGGGAAGCACCUUGCACAGCUCACCCAUCCACAGUUACAUGUCACAGCAGGUAUGUUGGUCAGAAAGAAGAGAAGGCUAGCAUCG